AUGAGCGGAGCCACCGGGACCACGGCCGCUGCUGGCUCAUGUCGUUUCGCCCACUAUUUUGUUGUUUGUGGACUGGACAGCGAUACGGGCCUGGAGCCAGACGAUGGAGCGGGUGAAAGCCUUGAGCAGAGCCCUCUCCGACGCUGCUUCAAGUCCAAAGUCCUGGUGCAUUACCCCGAGAGCACAGAAAAGAACCCCUUUAAUAAGAACGCAGUGAACAUGCUGUGCAUGCCCCGCGGCCUGUCCUUCUGCACCCAGGCUGAGAAACUGGACUCUCAGUUCCACUCCUUCACUCUUGUUUUAGACGACGGCUCUCGAUCCUACGGCUUUGUUCACACGUUCUACGAGGAGGUGACAAGUCCGGCCAUCACCACGGCCAUGCACACUCUGUACCAGAUGCACCAGGUGGAACGCCACUCCAACUCCUCCCCUUCCUCCUCUGGGGCCUCCUCAGCCUCAUCACCCUCCACCUCCAGUAUGGACUCCCUGGUGAGCAGCCUGGAUGAGUCAGACGGGGAGUCCUUGGCAGGUGUGGCUCCGUGCACGACUGCAAUGGGCUCUUAUGAUGCGUCUAAGGACACUCUGUAUGUGUCCAAAGCCCUCUGCCUGCUCACCCCUCUCCCCUUCCUCCAAGCCUCCAGACACUUCCUGUCCCAGCUGCACCAGGCUGUGGCUUCUAACACUGCUCCGCCCCUUCCCCUGGAGAGCUACAUCCACAACAUCCUAUACGAAGUGCCCCUGCCCCCCCCAGGACGCUCGCUCCGCUUCCAUGGAGUGCAAGGCCCCAUCCUGUGUCAGCGGCCCGGGCCAGGGGAGCUUCCUCUGGGAGAGUUUCCUCUCGGGGAGGCCUUCUGUCUUUUGGGCGUGGACAACAUGGUGCAGCUGCUGACCUGUGCCCUUCUGGAGACACAAGUGCUCCUCUACUCACAAGAUUACCAGAGGCUGAUGACGGUUGCUGAGGGCAUCACGACGCUGCUGUUCCCCUUCCAAUGGCAACACAUAUAUCUGCCCAUCACCUCGGUUCCCACAUACCACCUGCUGGACGCCCCCGUGCCCUUCCUCAUGGGCAUCCAGCGGCGGGAAGGAGCACAGAGGUCUUCCCUGCACCUGCCUCAUGAGGCCAAUCUUUGUUUCGUGGACAUCGACAACCACUCUGUAGAAGUCCCCGAAGACCUCCCCGUGUUCCCCGAUCAGACAGAACUCAUCCAAGAACUGACAGAAAUCCUACUGCGCUUUGGACUUCCACCGCAGGGAGGCGUCCCCACAAAAGCUGCCCCGACCUCUCCAUCCCAACGACUCAGCCGCCUUGAGCUGGAGGACCUGAUGGAGGACAGGCAGAACGGGAACCUGGGAGGAGAGGAGCUGGCGGUGCUGGAGAAGCUGCAGGCUUUGGCCAAACAGUGCGACAGAGGCUCGGCGGCUGACGGAGCUAAGACAGUGGGGUCUGUGGGGGAGGAUGAGGAGCUGAAGGCUGCUAAGCUCAAUAUUCACAUCAGAGAAGUUUUUGCUGGGAGGUUUGCCGCCAUGUUCGGCAGGUACGAUCAAUUUGUCAUCAACAGCUCUUUUGAUUUGGACUCCUGGUUGAGCAACAGAGAAGGAGCGUGCAAUUUUGACAAGGGUUCUUUCCUGUCGGUGCAGCCUGCCUCCCAUCUGACUUUCAUGUCUCGCUUCUUGGAGACGAGCAUGUUCUCCUCGUUUGUGGAUGGGAAGGUGAUCUCACGCUGGGCGGACAGGGAGCCCAUGCAGCAGCUGUUUGACAGUCGCCUGGAGAGAGAGCGACUGUACGACAGGGACGAGCAAGACGCACGCAACAGCCGCUACAGGAAGUGCACGUCGCUGCUGGAGUCAGCUCAGACCAUUGAGCGCAGGCUGAAGAAGGCCGACCACACAGCCAUCCACCCACACCUCCUCAACAUGAAGAUCGGACAGGGGCGCCACCAGCAGGGCUACUUCCCCCGUCUGCAGGCUGACGUCCUGGCCCAGGGGAACAGCUCCAACAAGUGGUCUGGUCGAGUUACACCAUCGCGCAAGUCAGACCCAAGAAAGUUCACGGAGCAGCCAGCAGCGGAUAUAGACCAGGCUCAGAUUCAUAAACUUCAAAAACGACGUUGUAAGCACGUAUUUCUGCGUAAAAACCUGGCUCACGCUAAGCUCCUGGAUCCGUGUGCUCAAACCGUGGCUCAAACCCACAGGGAGUUUGUGGACGGCCUUUUGAACGAGUGUCGCCUAAAGACGAAGAGGAUGCUGAUGGAGCGCAUGGGGAAGGAGAGCGUGGAGCUGGGUCAGGGAGAGGCCAACAUCACUGGGCUGCAGGAGAACUCUCUGAUACAUGGGCUUUGUGACCUGCUGGAGAGAACCUGGGGCCACGGACUGCAGCUGAAACAGGGCAAGUCUGCAAUGUGGUCCCAUCUGCUUCACUAUCAGGCAGCCCAGAGAAAGGCCGAGGCCCCAGCUGAGUCUCCAGGCCCUGAACAGAAGACAUUUACCGAUGCCACCCUGCACCAAAGAGGAUCCUUAUUACAAGACAUGAGCUUUAUUCAGACCAUGAGUGAGGGGAUGUCUGAAGUGGGUCAGGCCAGGGCUUGGAUUCAUCUGGCAUUGGAGAAAAAAAUGCUUUCUCAUCACCUCAAAGAACUGCUUACAAACCAGGAGCUAAUUCGACAGCUGUACAAGCCGCACGCAUUCCUCUUGUGUGAGGAGGAGCGAGAGCAGUUUUUGUACCACCUGCUGUCUCUGAAUACAGUGGACUACCUCUGCUUUACUCGGGUCUUCACUUCAAUCAGUAUUCCAUAUCGCGUUGCCAUUAUUCCCAUGAAGAAACUCAGCAUCGCCAUGGCAACGGUCAACCCAUGGGUGUGCGUGUCGGGAGAGCUGGGAGAUUCGGGAAACAGACAAUUCCCCAAGAACACACAAGAGAUCUUCUUCCAGUGUAAGAACUUGGGCCGCCUGAGCACGCUGCAGCUGGGGCAGGAGAACUCCGGUCUGCUGGCCAAGUGCCUCAUCGACUGUGUCAUGGUGUACAACGAGAUCACAGGACACACUUACAGGUUCCCCUGUGGACGCUGGCUGGGCAAAGGCGUGGGCGACGGCAGCCUGGAGCGCGUCCUCAUCGCUCAGCUGGUCACACCUGGUGCAGAGGAGGAUUCUGGGAGAUGGUCCGCUACGCCCCCAGAACUGGCCUCCCCCUCGCAGACUGUGAUGACGGUGCUGGGAUCGCUCGGCAGCCGCUGCAGAGUGCAUGCAGUGGAAGUACAAGAGGACAUGAGGGAGGCAGCGAAUAACCUGGUCAAGCACUUCCACAAGCCAGAGCAGGAGAGGGGGAAUCUGACAGUGCUGCUCUGUGGAGAGGGGGGCCUGGUGUGCGCUCUGGAAAAGUUCCUCCUCCACGGCCUGAAAUCCAGCCGCCUGUUCCAGAGGAGUGUGUUUGUCUGGGACUUUGUGGAGAAAGCAGUGGUUUCCUUGGAGACGAACGAUCAGAUGGGACAUUUGAACGGGUCCACGUGCGCUAAAGGGCAGCCCUGGGACUCACUGUGUCACUAUGUCAAUGCCAUCAACUCUUCACCGCGGAACAUUGGAAAAGAGGGGAAAUUCCAGCUGUUUGUCUGCCUGGGAAUUAGGGACCAGCUCUUGGCUCUGUGGCUCCCCCUCCUGGCCGGCUGCCCCCUCACAGCCCGGACCUAUGAGGACAGCGCUCUGCUCCGGGACCGGGCAGCCCUUCAUGCUCUGUCCCGCAUCUUGCACACGCUGUACGGCUUCAACAUCACCCUGGAGGCCUCUCUGGUGAAGGGAAUAGAGCUCUGA